CGCUGCUGGCCGCCGCGGCGGGCCGACCCUGCCCGUACAACGCCUCCGCGGACCUCGACACGCUGCUCGCGGAGAUGACAGCAAAGUGGACGGCAAAUUCCGCUGUUUGGCCUGAGCCGAUGGUGAAAUAUGGCACCUGCGAUUCACCAUUCUUCGACGGUGACAUCUUCCUGAACGGACUGGUUCCGUGGGCCGCCAGUGAUGCGGAGUACAACGUUGGCUUUGUAAACAGCGACACGGUGCCAUGGCCAAAUGGAGUCGUACCGUACGAACUGAUCAUGCAUGACGAUAUCCGUAAAUCUACGCUUAAAAGCAUGCAUUGGCUUGAAGAGAACACAGCCACCGAGGAGACCCCCAAAUGCAUCCAUUUCCGGCCAAAGACUGAUGAGGACAACAACUACGUCACCUUCACUGACAGCUACCCGUGCACAUUCUCGGCGAUCGGAAUGCGGGAAGGCCAGCAGAUCACCAACGUGGGCGGCUCAUCCAGCGGAAGCGCUCAGAUCCUCCACAUGCUCUUCCACGUGCUCGGAUUUUGGCAUGAGCAGAACAGACCUGGGCGAAACGAAACAAUGGAGGUCCUUUAUGAAAAUGUCAACGACAGCUUGGCCUGCUUUUUCGACGAGUAUAGAAACGAUAGCAUUGGCAACCAGGGCUUACAGUACGACGUGUGGAGCGUAAUGCACGCGAGGACGAACGUGUUCGCCGAGUCACGCAGCCUCUCGUCACUGAAGCCCAGGAACCCGAACAUGAACAGGACAGAAAUAAUGAAGAUCGGAAGACUGACCGUGCCAUCGGCGCUCGACAUGCGACGCCUGAAGACCUAUUACAACUGCUACAUACCGCCCAUCACCACUACUGCGGCGCCCACCACCACGCAGUCGACGACAGUCACCGAGCCAACCACCACCCCACAACCAACCACAACGACGGAACCGACCACCACCACUCAGCCCACUACCACUGCGGCAUCAACCACGACGGCUGAACCGAGCACCACGCAUCCGACGCCACCGCCCAAUCUCUGCAAGGAUCAGAAAGAUGGGACCUUUCUGCCGUUGCCCAGCGACUGUCACAAGUUCGUCAUUUGCGACCAUCACAAGGACAAAGUCUGCUGCUGUCACCUGGACGAGCACCGCAUCCCCUAUGGUUUGGGUUGACAGGCUUGCCAACAGCACGAGCUCGCCUUCCUGCGAGCGGCACAUCCCCGGCAACUGCAACACGGAUGGGCAGCCAACGGACUGUGCCGAGCAGCCCGCCAUGUUUAAGUGUGAUUAGGCAUGAUAUUCACAACGGGGGACAUGGGGAUGCGUCUCCCUCGACUUUUCUGCCCAGGAGCGGCUGCUCAACUUUGUCAAGAUUGUAAGGUGGUGUUGCACCAGGCACAAUGGCUCGUGCGCGUGGAUGACAAAAUGGUGCAUGACCCCGCACACGUUCGUAGGCUUUUAACGAUUUUGAUUAAAUGUCGCCGAAUCGCUUGUAUACAUCGUUUUGUCGAGUAAAGUAGCUGCGCUUAAAUGCUGUGCAAAAGAUCUCUCGUCGUUUGUCGCAAGUCAUGCUAUCGCAACGCCGUUUUUUAAGUGUUUCGAUGUACUGGGAGCAGUAACUGGU